AUGUUUGGACAACAGCCCAACACUCCGUUCGGCGGAGGAGGUUUUGGACAACAGAACCCAACAUCCGGUUUUGGAGCGCCAGCUCCAGCCACCGGGGGUCUGUUCGGUAGUCCAGCGGGGGCUCCAGCGUUUGGACAAGCUCCUGCUCCAGCGUUCGGACAGGCUCCUGCCCCAGCAUUUGGUGCCCCUUCGGCUCCAGCGUUUGGACAAGCUCCUGCUCCCGCCUUUGGUUCCCCUGCACCCGCAUUUGGAGGUGGAGGGUUUGGACAAACUCCUGCCGCCCCCACUGGAGGACUCUUUGGACAACCGUCUCCCGCACCAGCCUUUGGGGGCGGUUUUGGACAACCCGCUCCCGCACCGGCACCCACCUAUGGUGGUAUGUUUGGACAACCCGCUCCCACUCCCGCGCCUGGACUCUUCGGAGCUCCAGCUCCACAAACCAAUACUUCACCUUUUGGCGGAAAUCCGGGUGGUUCCGCUUUCGGGGCUCCGGCGCCUUCGGGCUUUGGUGCACCCACAUCCUCGCCCUUUGGUUCCACGGGGACUACUGGUGCCUUUGGAGCAAACACUACCAGUUCGUUUGGCGCACCCGCACCUGCCGCUGGUGGCUUAUUUGGACAACCCGCACCGGCUCCAGCCUUUGGCGGUGGUACGUUUGGAUCGCCGGCUCCCGCUCCCGGCGCCUUUGGCGCACCACCAGCCUCGGGUGGGCUGUUUGGACAACCCGCACCGGCACCCGCAGCCGGCGGCUUGUUCGGAUCCCCCAGUCCCAGCGCUCCCGGAGCAGAGGGAACCCGGGCGGUCCCUUAUCAAGCAACGAAUCGACAAGAUGGCACCGCCACCAUUACUCUACGUUCUAUUACGGCCAUGCCACAGUACGAGAACAAGUCGUUUGAUGAAUUACGCAUGGAAGACUUUUCGCAAGGCAAUCGCGGAUCUACUGUGACUCCAUCCACGAGUAACGCUUUUAGUGGAGGGUUCGGAGCACCGGCUCCCGCACCUAGUGGCGGUUUGUUUGGCGCCCCCGCACCAGCUCCCUUUGGCGCUCCCGCACCAGCUCCCUUUGGCGCUCCCGCACCAGCUCCCUUUGGCGCUCCCGCGCCGGCGGGAGGAUUGUUUGGCAGUCCUUCUCCAGCACCGGCUCCGUUCGGGGCGCAGUCGAGUAGCUUAUUUGGCAGCAACCCUGCACCAGCGCCCUUUGGUGCACCGGCUCCGUCGAGUGGUCUAUUCGGCUCCAAUCCAGCACCUGCCCCGUUUGGAGCCCCCGCUCCUUCCGGGGGUCUCUUCGGGUCUUCCCCCGCACCGGCACCUUUUGGUGCUCCAGCCGGCGGCGGGCUCUUUGGUAGCAAUCCAACGCCCGCGCCCUUUGGAGCUCCGGCACCCAGUGGCGGUCUGUUUGGUGCCACCCCGGCGCCCUUCGGAGCUCCGGCUGGCGGUAGUCUGUUUGGAUCCAAUACAGCUCCGGCACCGGGAGGCUUUGGCUUUGGAUCACCAGCCCCAGCGCCCGGUGGUAGUCUCUUUGGAGCACCAGCUCCCGCACCGGGAGGCUUCGGGUAUGGAGCGCCGGCUCCGUUUGGUGCUCCCACACCGGGUUUGUUUGGAGCCCCCGCGCAAGCUCCGCCGCCUGCCGCUUUGCCGCAAAACGCUGCUAUUAUACCACCUGUUGUCAAUGAAGUCAUGGAACAGCAAUUGCGGGCAAUUGAAAAUAAGCAGGCCGAACUUCAGAAGAGUGAAGCCUGGAAGGGUAGCGCAACGAAAGAUCCAGUCACGACACCUACGAGUUUGUCUGAAGCGGACGGACUCUUUGCGUCGCGCUACUCGGCUUCGCCUUAUGUUACGACGACCCCUCGAUCAGCCGUCAAGAUUCGACCCCGUGGAUUUCCCAGAAGUGAACCGAGCAAGUCGACAGCCCUUUCGCUCAGCGCUGUUGGGCGCGACAAUAGCGGUCUCUUGUCACCCGAGUCUCACUUGCGUUCAUCCGUUAUGAGUUUGCAUAUCAAGCCAGAGAGUAUGAAUCGCAAAUCCAGUUUCCGUUUACAGAUCAACAAGCCCUCAGCCUCUUCACCGGUGCCGACGCCAUCUGAUCCAAAACCGCAACAACCUUCGUUCCUUUCUCCGACCUUUGCUGAGACUCUCACGUCGCCUCCACCUGAUGUCUCUCCAACUACCGGGGCCUCUCUGGUGCAUGAGUCGCCCCAGCCUUUUACAACUCCAAAUGCAUCCGCAACCCCCAAGAGCCCUGCCUAUGAGUUGUACCAACAAGUUAUCGGCAGUGGAGAGGCGUCCAGCAAGCCUCAAAGUCAGGUGAAGAAGCCUACCCGUACCUCGGUACCCACACUAACGCGAAAGGGAUAUAUCAUAUCGCCGACUUUGGAGGAAUUGGAAAAGACUGAGGACGCCGAUCUGGCUGCCGUUAGUGACUUUAGUGUCAAGCGCCCGGGAUUUGGAAUGGUGGAAUGGGAAGGCGACGUGGAUGUACGGGGGGCAGACCUGGAUCGGAUAAUCACCAUUGAUCAAGCAGAUGUAUCGGUAUAUCAUGCCGAUGAAGCCGAAGGUAGCAAGCCCAAGGUGGGCUCCAAAUUGAACCGUCCCGCUAUUAUUACUUUCUACAAUAUUUUUCCGAAAAACGGUGGGGCCAAUGCAUCCAAAGAAGAAAAAGAAAAGCACGCGAAGAAAGUACAGCGCAGUACUGCCAAGAUAGGCGCCGAGUUUAUGUCCUAUGAUCGCAACAAUGGUGUCUGGAAAAUCCGAGUUCUCCAUUUCAGUCGCUACGGUUUGGAUGACGACUCAGACACCGAAAACGAAGUGCCCCUGCCGGAGCAAAACAGCGUGCAGUUUCAACAACAGACACCUCCAAACGCUCAAUCUCUCCUGCGUCGAAAUCCCACACCAUACAAACCGAGUCGAAUUCAAUUCGACGAAAUGGAAGUUUCCGAAAGCGCUGAUGACAGUGAUGUAGUUUGCGUCCAGGACAUUCAAAUGACGGACUCGGAAAAAAUCGCCUUGGUUCAAAAACGCGCUGAUGAAGCGGCUAAGGAAGUCUUUCACAUUGUACCACAACAAGAUCCUGACUAUGAGGUGCAACAUCCACUACGGCCCGCGAAGAUCACAACGUUUGAGAAUGUCGGCGAUUGCGAUUCCGAGGAGGAAUCUGACUAUGUGGUACCACCCGAUGGCGAAGACUGGCAUGCAGCUCGAUUGGCAUCAAGCUUCUGCAGAGGUAUUGCAAUUGAAUCAGGCAUGCAUUCUUCCUCUACUGAUAUGGGCCUGCGUAUGGGGCGAGUCUUUCGACCUUGUUGGCUUCCUAACGGUUCGCUUCUGAAGUUAAAGCCAAGCAGUUUCAAUCGGUCGCCUACACUUACCUCUUUGCGUCCUGUCCUUUCUGACUCAUAUAUUUCUCAACUCACUAGUGAACACCUUCUGGAAAUUCACCGUUCAGAGUCAGUAGCACUCGAAUCGCAAGACGGCUGUCCCUUGUUCAGCCUCCCACGAGCUCUUCAGAACAAAGGCUCUUUGAUGUCUCAUAAAGCGUUGUAUGAAACCGUCACCAAAUUCCGCUCUGUCCGCAACGAAAAUAAUGAAGUCCAGUCAGCUUUUGACCUGAUAGCGCGUUUGAUGGACAGUGAAUCUUUUCCUCCCACAGAAUCAGUAGAUGGUGUUCGCUAUAUUGCAAACUCAAUAUCCUUCGACUCUCGAAAGAACACUGCCGUGCUCGCUUGGCUUGUUGACGUUUGCGCGCCAUCUGUUGACUCUGAGAUUGCUGAAGCAAAGCUUCGAAAUUUCAAUAUUCUUGCUAUAUUUGCGGCUUUGGCUGGUGGAGAUGUCGACAAAGCCUGCAUUGUAGCAAUCAGCUCUGGUCUCAACAAUCUCGCUGCGAUUCUCGCAAGUGGUUCGGAGGGCAGGAAGGAUGUACUUUUGAGUGUGAGUAAGCUUGCCGAGAGCAAUCAUGCGUCAUCAGUGCCAGCGGAAUUGAUUCGCUUAAUGAAAGAAUCUGGGGGAGAUGUUCACUCAGAGUGCACUUUGUACAAACAAGGCUCUAGUUCUCUCGACUGGAAACGCCGUCUUGCUCUUCGCCUCUUGCAAGAUAGCGAUAAAAGCCUCGUGCAACUGUUGUGUCAAUACGAAAACGAUAUUUCGUCUAACCACGCACCACCACCAAAUCUUCCCCAUUCACAACAAACAGACAUGAGAAGCCUCACUUUCCAGCUUCUUAAGUCAUAUUCGGUUCCACAGUCCAUGGAAGUUUCUGAUGUAGUACAUCCUCUUGGGUUCUCUUCAAUGAGCCACGAUUUUUCACUGGUCUUUCAUCUGACAGCCUUGAUUUGUGCGACGGGCGCUACGAAAAACGAUUCAUUCAAAACUGAAUAUAUCCUAAACAGUUUUGAAGCCCAGCUGAUACAAGCUGGGCGCUGGGAUCUGGCUGUGAUCGUUUGCUUGUCGGCGAUAGGUGAAAUGUCUGAAACCUUGCAUCAUUGGAAAGCUCACCGCGCAAAAAGUCUGAUUUGUCGAUUUUCAUCGGACAAUGAUGGUAAGCGUCUUUUUCUCGAGGAGACUGGAAUCCCUCGCCGGUGGUUUGAAGAAGCCCUCGCCUACCGAGCUCUAUACCGAGAGGACGCCUUCGGCUUUGUUGUGCACGGAUUGGAAUGCGAUCUCAAAUCUGCGCAAGAUGUGCUUGAAGGUUGUUGGUUGCCCAACCUAUUUUUCUUGAGCUUGAAGGACAUCCGUACGUUAAUGGAGCGAAUCGGUAUGGCUUUUUCUCCCAAUUCCCUUUCGGCUGCAAUGCACCGCUUCUUUGACUUGAAUGACGGGGUAAAUCUACUCAUUGGGAAAAGUCAGGACGAAAUAGAGAGCAUUGUGCCGUCUUUGAUCGAGUCGUGCCAGGGUAUUGAACGUACGCUUGUCUCUACAAAACAGCAUGGUCUAGAGUCUAAUCGUACCACAAGCUUGCUAAUGCGAGAAAAUUCGAUACCGCUUCAGUCGAUGAUUUCUGAAGCUUUGGAGCAUCUCAGUUUUCUACGUCUCCAGUUGAGAGCUAUCGGGGAAGCCAGGCUGACCUCGAAGUCGACGUAAAUCCGAGGCUGGAGCCAAAGAAAGAUGCGCAAUGCGCAAGGAAUAGCACAUAGUUACAAUCAGUCAGACAUCGCAUUAUGCGGAAAUUCUCUUAAAGACCUAUCUCAUC